UCGUCCACGUCCGCUGUUCGACAGGGACAAAAGCUCCGUUCCUGCGUUUAUCUUCAUGCCGUCCUCGACGAGAGCCUGCAACUGCGUCCCCCAGUCUCGGCAGCCCAAUGGUAUGUAGUCACUCCCGGCGGACAACGUUUCAACGGCCACAUUAUCCUCGCGGACACAGAAGUCGGCACGAGCCCGUACUCGCUCAUCCAUAGCCCGGCCUACUUCGACGAGCCGUGCCGGUUCACCCCUGGCCGGCGGAUCGAGAGCGAGAGCAAGGCCAACAGCGCCUAA